GGGAGUGCUCGAGUUAAAGACACGCUCUUCGCGGCUAGAGGCUGUUUCAGUGUCUUGGGCGCAGACCGCAAGCGGUUUCACGAGCGGACCUCCACGUCCACCCCGAAUUUAACAUCAGUCCGGGACGGCCGCCUGCGCGCGCUCCCCCCGCCGCUCCUCUCGCGCGGAAGGAGGGCUGUUACCGGGAGGAUAAAGGCGCGCGGUCCCCGCGCGCUCUACGAAGGCUGGCGAGCGGCAUGGAUUUUAUGCACCUGUAGACUUCCCUACGGAGCCUACCUGACUCGGCUGAGGUGACCUCUGCCUCAUUGGACAUUGAGUGCUUCACACUCAGGCUGCCAUGAUGAAGAGUGACCAGUACAGUGCUGUCGCAGACAGACAGGUGGACAUCAUCAACAUCAAAGGCAUCGAGGAUAUCGGCUUUGUCCAGCAGGACUCUGUUCUGCUCAGCACCCAGUCCCCAGAGGAGACAGACCAGUGCCGACACGGUCUUUACUUCCAGGAUGGGGAGCGACGUGUAGACUACGUCCUCACCUACCAGAUCAAGAAGCCCAGCGGUUCCCGCUCACGCAGACACUCCUCACGCCUGACGGACAACGCCCUGACCCGGAGCCUGCGCAGCAGCCGUGCCCCGACGGCCUGUGCCGCGCGGCCCGACCCCGAGCACGGCCGCGCGGACUCCGGGUCCGACCACCACGAAGACGACAAGCGACUCCGCCGUGAGGAGUUCGAGAGCAACCUGAGGGAGAUGGGUCUGGAACUGGAGAAGGAUGAGGGCACUAAGACUCCUGGGGUGGGCUUUGUGAAGGUGCACGCGCCGUGGAAUGUGCUCUGUCGGGAGGCGGAGUUCAUGAAGCUCAAAAUGCCAACCAAAAAAGUGUACGGGGUGAAGCAGGGCGGCAACGUGAUGGAGAAGAUCGGUACCUUCAUCAGCAAAGUGACGGAUCCGCUCCACCCAAACAUCGAGGAGAAGAGGAGCGAGAACCUGAAGCACCUCUCAUACCCAUUCUCCAGAGAAAAGCAGCACCUGUUUGACCUGUCUGACAGAGACUCCUUUUUUGACAGCAAAACAAGAAGCUCAAUAGUGUUUGAAGUUUUAAAACGAACCAAAUGCACAAAAUCGAAGUUCAGUAUGGGAAUAACCAGUCUGCUGGGAAGUGGAGUGUAUCACGCCGCCUACCCACUCCAUGACGGUGAUAUAGAUGGAGAGAAUGUGGAACCCAAUGACAGGAAGCUGCUGUACGAGGAGUGGGCCAGUUACAGUGUCUUUUACAAGUACCAGCCCAUCGGCCUUAUCAGGAAGUACUUUGGAGAGAAGAUUGGCCUGUACUUUGCCUGGCUUGGUGUCUACACGGAAAUGCUCAUUCCUGCCUCCUUAGUGGGAGUCAUAGUGUUCCUCUAUGGCUGUAUGACUGUGAACGACAACAUUCCCAGUAUGGAGAUCUGUGACACGCGGAGGAACAUCACCAUGUGUCCGCUGUGUGACCGGGUGUGUAGCUACUGGAGCCUGAGCACAGCGUGUGGGACAGCGCGCGCCAGCCACCUGUUUGACAACCCUGCCACUGUCUUCUUCUCUAUCUUCAUGGCCUUGUGGGCGGCUUUUUUCAUGGAGCACUGGAAACGGCGACAGAUGCGUCUGAACUACGAAUGGGACCUCACAGGCUUCGAGGAAGAGGAGGAAGCACUUAAGGACCAUCCCAGAGCAGAAUAUGAGUUCAGAGUCAUGCAGAAGACCCUCAAAAAAGAACACAAGUCUCCAAAGACAGCAAAAGAGAAGUUGACGUGUAAAGACAGAUGUCCUGCUUAUAUGACGAAUAUUGCCAUGAUGCUUUUAAUGAUCAGCGUGACAUUUGCCAUUGUGUUUGGCGUCAUCCUGUACCGGAUCUCCACCAAGGCAGCGAUGCACAUGAGCUCCAACCCCACCACGCGCUCCAACGUGCGCAUCACCGUGAAGACCACCGCCGCAAUCAUCAACCUGGUGGUCAUACUCAUCCUGGACGAGGUGUACGGAGCCGUCGCCCGCUGGCUAACCGAGCUCGAGGUACCAAAAACGGACAAGAGCUUUGAGGAGAGACUGAUCUUCAAGACCUUUGUCCUCAAGUUUGUCAACGCGUUCACUCCUAUCAUAUAUAUCGCCUUCUUCAGAGGCAGGCUCGUGGGCCGUCCAGGCAGCUAUCUCUACGUCUUUGAGUCCUACCGCAUGGAGGAGUGUGCACAUGGAGGCUGUCUGAUGGAGCUCUGUAUUCAGCUCAGUAUCACCAUGCUGGGAAAACAACUCAUACAGAACAACCUGUUUGAGAUCGGCAUCCCCAAACUAAAGAAACUCAUCCGCUAUAUCAAGUCAAAGAGAAGCACUUUCCAGGAGGAAGAGCGGGAGAAGAAGCUGCAGCGCUAUGAGACAGACUUCUUCCUGGACCCAUUCUCCGGCCUCACACCGGAGUACAUGGAGAUGAUUAUCCAGUUUGGGUUUGUCACGCUGUUUGUGGCCUCAUUCCCAUUGGCUCCACUUUUUGCUCUGCUCAACAACAUCAUUGAGAUCCGUCUGGACGCUAAGAAGUUCGUGGCAGAGCUGAGAAGACCUGUCGCAGCGCGAGCCAAAGACAUUGGUAUCUGGUACAAUAUUCUUCGAGGUGUGGCAAAAGUAGCAGUUAUAGUGAAUGCCUUUGUCAUCUCUUUCACGUCCGAUUUCAUCCCACGUCUGGUCUACCAGUACAUGUACAGCCCAGAUGGCUCCAUGCACGGUUUUGUCAACCACACGCUCUCGUACUUCAACGUGAGUCACUUCCAGAAUGGCACCACCCCAAUGGACCCACUGUUUCUCGGCUUCAGUGUAGACAUCUGCAGGUACAAAGACUACAGAGAGCCUCCAUGGUCGCCAACGCCGUACGAGGUGUCUAAAGAGUUCUGGGCCGUGCUGGCUGUCAGGCUGGCCUUUGUUAUCGUGUUUCAGAAUGUCGUCAUGUUGAUGAGUGACAUUGUGGACUGGAUGAUUCCUGAUAUCCCCAAAGACAUCAGCCUGCAGAUCCACAAGGAGAAACUGCUCAUGGUGGACCUGUUCAUGAAGGAAGAGCAAGGCAAGAUGCAGGUGGCAGACACCACCACGUCUGGUGGAGCAGAGAAGGAGAACGCCUCCAACCACAGCCCCCUCCUCCGCCCAAGAUCCGUCUCACACACGCAGAGCAACAGCUACUAGCUAGCGCCCGGCCGGGCAUGGACGUGUGUACUUUUGUUGCUUGUCUUUAUCCUUGGCAUGACAUUCCACAGACUGUUCCUACAGGUUUGAUCGGGCAGAAGCCACAACCCUCUCCACCCUCCCUUGCGCAGGAGAGAGCAGAGCUGGCCAAUCAUAGACCUCUGGGGGCGGACCAUAUCUUCAAGAAAACAAGCUGUUAGCUUUGUUUAUUCUAACUCACAAUGUUCCUCCAGUAGACAGAAGCAUAAGAUAAGAGGUUUUUUAUUUAAUCACACAAUAUGAGAGAUUUUUUAUGUUUACGUUUUUUUCUAAUUCUGAGAUCUUUCUUUUAGGUGUGUCUUAGUUUAUAAAAUGAUGGAGCUCCUGGGUAUCUUUUCUAAACAGUUUCCUGUUUUUCACUGUUUUGCUUUCUACUUGUGUGACCUGUGUGGUUAAUCUUUUACUGGAGUGUUAGUGUGUCUGCUGUCCUCUACUGCAGACUUACCUAAACUCCACAGGCUGGUUUUCCAGACCCAGGCUGAGCAGAAGCCUAGACUAAAAAAAAAAUGUCAGUGAAGUAGUGACUCACCAUUGGCACUGUGGUUGAGUUCGAGACUAGACUUAGUCCACGUCUGCAUAACACAAACCCUAAAAGGAAUCUUCUAUUAAAAUGAACAGACACACAAAUGAGACAAAAGAAAAAUGUCAUAUCAGUUUAGUGGGUUGAAUCCUUAUGCAUACUAUAUGUCCAAAAGUAUGUGGACAUACUGAGUUCAGGUGUUCUAGCCGCACACACCGCUGACAGGUGUGUGAAAUCAAGCACAAAGUUUCCACAGGCAUGCAGCACUCGAAGGGUCAUACUGAAGAGCUAUUUGUCUUUGCCACAAGUCAGUUUGUAAACGAUUUGGACUAGUCUUAAGCAUUUUUAAAAGGUUUGGACUAGUCCUAAGCAUUUUGUAAAAGGUUUGGACUAGUCUUAAGCAUUUUGUAAACGGUUUGGACUUCUCUUAAGCAUUUUGUAAAAGGUUUGGACUAGUCUUAAGCAUUUUUAAAAGGUUUGGACUAGUCCUAAGUGUUUUUAAAAGGUUUGGACUAGUCUUCAGCUGUGUGGUCUAGUCCCUUCUCUUCCAGAGACGGAUAAUAUUAAUGCUGCAGCAUACAAAGACAUUUUAAAUGUUCUGUAUAUAACAUACAGACCUGUUGGAUUUCAACAUUGAAGCAGCAGUGUGUGAAAGGCCGAUUCCACUUCUAGAAUGCCUGUGCACCUGUGUGCAGGGCUUGGUGCCUGUGCACCUGUGUGCAGGGCUUGGUGCCUGUGCACCUGUGUGCAGGGCUUGGUGAAUAAAGAAAUAAGUUAGAGGAGCCCUGACCCCAACCCCUCUGUAUAGACCUUCUCAUCCAACCUCACAAAUGUUCUUCACACUCAGUGGGCACAAAUUCCCACAGUCACGCUUCAAAGAAUGCCUUCCCAGGGCAGUGGCUGUCACAGAAGUGGCAUGCUCCACUGCUGCCCAGUGAGACAUGCAGCAAACUCUUAUAUGUGUGAUAGUCAGUUGUCCAUAUACUUUUGACCAUAUGGUGUAUAUGAUCCUUCUGUGUUUGUCCUGAUAGCAUGAACUCAAAACAACAAAUGUAAUAAUGUGUUAUUUAAAACCCAUGCUAAAUUUGAACCAUUUUUUUAUAUUGACAGAAUCAAACUCAUAGCUUAACCAGGCCUGUGAUACAGAGGACUGCCCUACCUAAACGAGGUGGACGACUAUACAUGCUGUAUAUGACACAUUUUAUCAGUGUUUUACUGGUAGGCACUGAAGUAUCCUGAAUCAAACUUGCAGAUGUUAGCUGUAUAUCCUUUACACUACACAACACUGUGGCCAGCGCGCCUGUGUGCCUCUGCUAAGUACAGUACACUACAGUUAAAAACUAAUCCUAAGAUACACAGUACACUACAGUUAAACACUAGCCCUAAGCCACAAUGGUGCAUUACUGUUAAACACUAGCCUCAUUUGCUAAUCAUUUUAAUCAGGAGUCUUGUUUAGAGAAAUAAGAGCCAUGUGUGCGUCUGGAAAACUGGUGUGAAAGUACAGUGCAGGGUUUUAGGGGGACAUAUUGUAUUGUGUUACGGAUCCUAAUCUGGCAUAUAGGGCUGAAUCCCCCAAAUGUGUUCAGUGAAAUGUUUAUGAAAUGUUUUUUUGGGAGAAAAAACAGAAACAAACUGUGGGAUCAUCAGCAGAAAUCAGUACAAUGUCUGCGCAGCUUGACCUCUGUGGCCUAACCUCUGUGUGUGACCUCUGUGGCCUGACCUUUGUGUGUAACCUAUGUAGCCUGAUCUCUGUGUGUGACCUCUGUAGCCUGACCUCUGUGUGUGACCUCUGUAGCCUGACCUCUGUGUGUGACCUCUGUAGCCUGACCUCUGCGUGUGACCUCUGUAGCCUGACCUCUGUGUGUGACCUCUAUAGCCUGACCUCUGCGUGUGACCUCUGUAGCCUGACCUCUGUGUGUGACCUGUUGCCUGACCUCUGUGUAGCCGAGAGAAAAGCCCCAGCUGUACUGCUAAAGCUAGCAUUCGGCCAGUGGACAUGUUCUACGUAGAGGGAUUGCUCAGGCCCAGGUGCAGCCCACCUCACACAAACUGUGACACCAGCAUUACAGAGGUCUGAUCUAGGACCUGUAGCUGGAAUAAGAACGAAUGCACACUUAUCUGCAUUUUUACAUUGUUACCAACACUUAAAAUCUCAUUUAAAAAAAAACAGAUUUAUAUUUCACUUGGAGUUGUUACCAGUUUUUGUAUUUUUCAAAUUUUUAUACAAAUGGCAGAUCAGUUCUUACUUAGAAAUACUGUGCCAAAGUUCCUGAAGUUUCCAUUAAAACUUUCCCAAGGCCAGUCAGACUGUUCUAAUGGGUGAACCGCUCACUGCUGCCCACGUGGCUGCCCACGUGACUGUCCACGUGAGAAGCAACCAGACAGUAACGCAGUUCAUCCACACAAGCACAGAUACCCGGCAGUGAGCAUGCGGUGGUAAAGGUUGCUCUCCUUACACUCUGGCACGGCCCAGCUGACGGCAAACGACUACUGCACCACAGACAGCUAAAAAUAAGUCAACAUGUACAAUCCUCACAUAGAAAUGGUGGUCUUUGUGUGCACCGAUGUGUUGCAGUAAAACACUGAGAAGGUGAGCAGCAGGGAGGUGUGUGACACGACACACAUACCGUGACACCACGUGAACGCCAGCGGUACAGGAGCUGUGCUGAAAAGCAGUGUUCACUAACACAAGCACUGAGUUCUCGCAGGAGUUAUCCCAUGGUGUAUGUCUUACUUUCUUUCUCUGUAGUUUUUUUUUACUUUGUACAUUAAAUGUUCUGUUUACAUUUCCCACUGUCUACUGGAACUGAAAUGAAAAAAGACCUUUUCUUCUUCUUGCCUUACCAGAAAACACGGACACUAGGGCUUCUUUAGUUAGUAGGUAUCGUUUCAUAGUCGCAUACUGUAACGUAAUGAGACUAUCAUGUACUUCUGUAGACAAAUGAUUUUAAUGGAAAUAUAAUAAAAUGUUAUAAAAAUGUAAA